UAAUGAUGUUAUUUUCUCUUACAAGUUUCUCAACUAGAUUUAUUUUUACUCAUCUCUUUCAUCGACGUCUAUUUUGUAUUAGCUGGUUUCCGAAGGACAGCUCUUUUAUAAUCAAUUUUUGUGCGCACCUAGCCUUUUACCUUAAUUUUUACGAAAGUGAAAUUUCUCGAAUUUUUUUUUAUAUACGCAAAUACGGUAUUUUUAAAAUAUUUAGGUAAUUAGGUAGCUAGCUACUUCACUAAAUUUGUCUGUUUACAUGAAGCACAAACCGGGGCUAUUAUAAAAACUUGUCAGUACGGGCCUUGUUUCCAUGAUGUUAGAGAAAAUAUCGCCCAAUCGAUUUCGGGAAAACAACAGCAGUUUUUACGAUGGCCCCGCCCAAACAGUUUUCUUCUGUAUUACGACACUUCUCUUCUGCACUGAACACUUCUUUGCAUGUGAUUUCAAACUUUCUUUUCGUAACUUUCUUUUCGUCGUCACCAUUAUAUUUCGAAAAGGCAAAAAUGCCUGGGGACGAGAGUUGUUAUUUAUUCAAAAACUUAAGUUAUCAAAAUCCAGCUCAAUCAGUAUUCCGGACCAGAAUUACGCCCGAAUAUUAAUAUUAGAUCAGUUCCAUUGUAUUUAUUUAGCGUUUUAUAUUAAUUAUAUAAAAACAUUUUGUAACAUAUAUAUUCCGCUGUAAACCAGUGGUACAAUAGACUUGAUAAUGGGUGUGCCGAACGUCGAAAACGUUGCCGAAACGUUGUUUUUGACUUCUUGAUGUUUAAAUAUCCAUCAAGUUUCAAUCAAUUAUUGUUAUGGCUAGUCAUGGGCAAGCACUUUUCUUAAACCCGCAAGAGGUUGAACAAAAUCUGCCGUUACAAGAAUUAAUAGAUGGAAUUGAAAACAGUUUCGUCCAAUUCACGACCAAACAGGAAGGUGUGUCGCAACCACAACGAAUGGUGAUUCCGGUCUCACAAAAGAACUUUUUUCUAGUGAAACCUGUUUACUCACUGCCAGAUAAAACAAUGGCAACGAAACUUCUGACAUAUUAUCCUGGAAAUGAAGAGAAGAAUAAUAGACCAACGCAUCAAGCUGUGGUAGUAGUGUUUGACUCUGAUACCGGUUCACUGCAAGGUGUACUAGAUGGCGUAGCAAUUACAGAUAUGAGAACGGCUGCAGCUACUGCUGUUGCUGUCAAACAUCUUUCUAGAGAAGGUGAUGAUAUAUUAGCGAUUAUUGGUACAGGCCAUCAAGCCGCAAGUCACAUUAAACUUCUACGAAAAAUCAGAAACUUUAAAGAAAUACGAGUAUAUAGUCGCUCUAAAGAACGAAGGGAAGCGUUUGCUGAAUUAUGGAACGUCACAGCUUGUGAGUCAGCUGAGAGUGCUGUCAAAAAUGCGGACGUCAUUGUUACGGUGACAAUGUCAGCAACACCUGUUUUAUCCAGAGAGUGGGUGAAACAAAAUGCUCUGGUAAAUAUAGUUGGUGCUCCCUUACCAACAACUCGAGAGGUGGACGAUGGUAUUAUGCAUUGCAGUCAAAUAAUUGCUGACACAGCAGAAGGUUCGUAUGCAUCUGCGGGGGAUAUAAUAUUAAGCAAAGCAAAGAUCGACGGUGAGUUAGGAGAUGUUAUAAAUAGAAAGUUAAAGGUUGAUUUUGACAGAAUGAGAGUGUUCAAGUCGAAUGGGAUGGCGAUACAAGAUCUUGUUGCAGGUAAAAUUGUUGUCGCGAAUGCUCUUAAAAUGUGAACAUUGACAGGUGCGUGGAGGACACCUUUGUUGACGCUGUUAUUACAAAAAGUUGUCAAAGUAUAUGACUGGGUAAUAACACAUUUUUAGCAGCACACUGAUGUUAUCUAUUUUUAGACAGCCCGAAAAUAUUAUAAACAAUAUUCUUAUAAAAUACGUGUAAGGAAAAUAUAAUUCGCGAAUUAUUUUCCAUA